GACCAAUUCAUCAAGCAAAUCGGCUCCUAUCAACAGCUGAUGGCCGACUGCUACCCCUCCUCCCGGCCUGAACUCGAAUUCUCCAUCCAAGACGUCCUCCAAUUCUUCUCGGAAAUCGCUCAGGAUCAU